AUGGCCGUCCUCACAUCAUCUCCUUCUCCACCACUACAAGCUUACCUUAAAAUCUUCAAACACCACCAUCCCGCCGCCGCCAACUUCCCUAUCUCUAUCCCCCGACGUCCUCCACUUCGUUCACAGUCUCCUUGUUCCCAACUCUCCAACCACCAAACAGAAGCACCACCAUUAACAAGAAUUGAUAGGUCGUCUUUGAGUGUAUCGGAAGGUAGCCACGAGGCUGAGCUAUGGGCCACAGCUUGCCUCCGCGUUCGCACUUUCUACGAUUUCAAUCAACAGACUUUUGGCAUAGAAGAUCAUAUAAGGUACUUGACUGAGCGUGAGUUUGAAGCACUCAAAGAACGUGUUGCGGGACUAAGGAAGGGCUUUAGAAGAGUUUCCUGCAUCAAUGCUACACUAGCAUUAUCAACAGUAUCAAGUGUGUCGCAUGACCUGUGUACUUCUUGUAAAUUUUCACAUAAAGGAGAAGAUCGAGUAGUUGUAGGGACAUUAGAUCUGAAUCAAUGCAUCAGCCUUCCAGAUGAAAUAACAGGAAUGAAACCAAAGGGAAUUGGGGCUGAUUUUGCAAGGGCAUACAUUAGCAAUGUAUGUGUGGCCAAGGAAUUGCAGAGAAAUGGUUUAGGCUAUGAGCUCAUCGCAAAGUCAAAAAUGGUGGCUGAAGAUUGGGGAAUAAGUGAUUUAUAUGUUCACGUGGCUGUGGAUAAUGAGCCGGCGAAGAAUUUGUACAUGAAAAGUGGUUUCACUUUCGAGAGUGAUGAACCUGCAUGGCAAGCCAGGUUCUUGGAUCGCCCACGAAGGCUUCUUUUAUGGACGGGUCUUCCUAUUACCUACGAACUGUAA